UCUUUCCACACACAGCAGUCGAACUAGGAAGUUCUCACUUCGAUAUUCCAGCAAGUUACUCUCGUGUCUACUAAACUGCCACGGGCUUUUGUGUCAAGCUUAGAAAUAAGAAAUCAAAAUAAGGAGUCCGCGUUUUUUGUUGUAAAGUGUAAAGUGUUUUUAAAUUGUUGGUUGAAUUUAAUUCGACAUGCCGGGAAAAGAAGUUCUUAACGGAGAGAAUUUGAGCACAAACGGAACGUCUGAAACGUUUCUUUUCACAUCGGAAUCGGUGGGAGAAGGGCAUCCAGACAAGCUAUGCGAUCAAGUCAGUGAUGCUAUCUUAGAUGCACAUUUAGCACAAGAUCCAAAUGCUAAAGUUGCCUGUGAAACUGUCAGCAAAACAGGCAUGGUUUUGGUCUGUGGUGAAAUCACCUCACGUGCCAUUGUGGACUAUCAAAAGGUUAUCCGUAACACAGUUCAACAAAUUGGAUAUGAUGAUUCGUCUAAAGGAUUUGACUACAAAACAUGUAAUGUUUUGGUUGCAUUAGAACAACAGUCACCCAACAUUGCCAGUGGUGUUCAUGUUGACCGGGAUGAUGAUAAUGUUGGAGCAGGUGAUCAAGGAUUGAUGUUUGGCUACGCCACUGAUGAGACUGAAGAAUGCAUGCCAUUAACGGUUGUUCUCGCUCAUAAAUUGAAUGAAAGACUUGCCGAAUUGCGCCGUGAUGGCACUCUCUGGUGGGCUUGCCCUGAUACUAAAUCUCAAGUAACUUGUGAGUACUAUUUCGACAACGGAGCUUGUGUUCCACUACGCGUACACACCGUAGUAAUUUCUACACAACACUUGGCAAAAGCCUCCUUGGAAGAGGUUCGGCGAGACGUGAUGGAACACGUCAUCAAGGCUGUUAUUCCCGCUAAAUACAUGGACUCGAACACCAUUUUCCAUAUCAACCCCUGUGGAUUGUUUAUUUACGGUGGACCAAUGGGUGACGCUGGACUUACUGGUCGCAAAAUUAUCGUUGACACAUAUGGUGGCUGGGGAGCGCACGGAGGAGGUGCUUUCAGUGGUAAAGAUUAUACUAAAGUGGAUCGUUCUGCUGCAUAUGCUGCCCGAUGGGUUGCGAAAUCUUUAGUCAAGGGUGGCAUAUGCCGCCGCUGCCUUGUCCAGGUGUCUUAUGCCAUUGGUUUAGCGGAGCCCCUCUCAAUCACAAUUUUCGACUAUGGUACAUCCAAGUACAACCAAAGCCAGUUGCUGGCCAUCGUCAAGAAGAACUUCGACCUAAGGCCAGGUGCUAUCGCUAAGAACCUCAACCUGAAGAACCCGAUUUACCAAAAAACUAGUACAUAUGGCCAUUUUGGGCGAGAAAUAUUUACCUGGGAGCAACCUAAAACUCUGAUAUUGUAAGACUACGCCGACCAUUUUUUUUUCUUUUUUUUUUUUUUCUUUUGCCAUACGUCUCUGUUAAGUCAUUAGAAGAUCUUAUCCUUUCUCAGACCUGCUAUUCUGUUAUGGUUCUACAGUGUCUCAGUGUGGGGGUUUCUUGUUGGUAGCAGUAGUUGAGAUCGAGACAAGUCUCUUUUCUUAAAAGCUUUUCACGUCAUCUCAAUAACUAGAGGUGGCGAAGAUAUAGCCAUGUAAUGAAGUACGUCUACUCUGCUGCCGACUGAACGAACUCGCUGCGAAUGUUCGCCGUUUCAUUUACCAUUAUUAAUACCCUUUUUUUCAUAAACCACUGUUGCUGACGGCGUACGUUUGUGUUGUGUUUCCAAAAAUUCGUCCAUGGAAAAGAGCACUUUUUGGAAACACUCCGAUACUGUAGAAUUGCACUCGCUUCUUCACACACUACUUCUAAAAGUUCUUAUAAUGUGUCUUCUGUCCAACAUCUCUUGUUUGUUUGACGGGCGGGGCCAUUUGACAUACCCAACUUUUUCGUCUUUGAAUUUCUUUCCCAAUUUUUUUUUUUCAUACAAAAAAAAAUCUAGAUUUUGUAGACUUUGUUUUUUCUCAAUCAGGGAAUGAUUUCAUUUUUGCCACUCCUUUACACGAAUGGAACAAUGACCCUUCGUUUUGUCUUUUAAUAGUGCGGUUUGACUGUAUCUAAUGCCGCGCCUAUUACGCAUAUUUUUCAAGGUGUGGGCAGGUAAGAAACGAAGAUCAAUAAACAAUGGUCGUAAAAAGAAAGAA